AUGGCCAAGAAAGCGUCCAACACCCCGCCGGCCACCAGCACACCCGUCGCGGCCACAUCGUCGUCCACAGCCGCCACGACCCCGGCCUCGACGGCUACUACCGUCAAGAAGACCAGUGCCAAUGCCGUCCAGCGAUGGGACCAGAUCGCCCUCAACAUCGUCGACUACUACCAGAAGAACACCCCGCAGCGGACCAAGUUGAUCGACGUCUUCAUGGCCUUCCUGGUCGUCGUGGGCGCCCUGCAGUUCCUGUACUGCAUCCUAGCCGGAAACUACCCGUUCAAUGCGUUCCUAUCGGGCUUUGGGGCCACAGUCGGCCAGUUUGUUCUUACCGCAUCGCUCCGCAUCCAGACCACCGAGGCCAACAAGUCCGACUUCCCUGCCGUCUCCCCGGAGAGGGCAUUCGCAGAUUACAUUGUCGGCAGCCUGAUCUUACACUUCUUCUGCGUCAACUUCAUAAACUAG